UCGCCUUCUGUUUUCAACUACGAUCCAAGUUCCUCUGUAUAUCUACUCGCACUAUGUCCAAGACCUCAAACGCCAUUCGCCCUUCCGCAACAUUGAUUGUUGUGGCUCCUAUACCUGCCUCUGAGACUAACAAAGCUGGCGACUGUGAUUUUCGUGUCCUGAUGAUGAAAAGAAACGCAAAGAGCAGCUUUGUCAAUGCCCAUGUGUUUCCUGGAGGUAACAUCGAUCAACAUGACAAUGAUCCUCGCUGGAACGACAUCAUUGCCCCUGGCGGGCAUGCCUAUUAUGAUGAGGAGUCGAAGAGGACACUAGCUCAUAAAAUAUGUGCCAUUCGGGAGACAUUUGAAGAGGCAGGCUUGCUCCUGACCAAUCCGCCCGUUCAAGACCUGCCAGCCGCUUGGCGUGAGAAGGUCCACCAAGAUGCCUCACAGUUCCGUGAGCUGUGCAUUGAACAUAAAAUCGCACCCAGCGCUUGUGAUCUACACCACUUUUCAAAUUGGAUUACCCCCGUCAUGGAAAAGCGUCGUUACAACACACAAUUCUUUAUUACGGUCAUUCCAGAGGUUAAAGGAAGUGAACACGCCGUUAUUCAGGCUGAUGGUGGAGAAACUAUUCAAUUAGACUGGUUCACCCCUGAAGAAGCUUUGGACUCAUGGAAGCGUGGAGAGAUUACAUUGUAUCCCCCACAGUGGUACACUUUAUAUACCCUGAAACAAACCCGACGACACCAGGAUAUCGUAACAAAAGCAGGCGUAGGAGCUUUUAGAACGAAAACAGGAAAGGUCUUGACCGUCAUGCCACAACCACAAUCAGUGGAUGAAGAUACCGCUGAAGGAAAGGAAGGUUUUGCAAUGUUCCUCGCCUAUCCUGGAGAUGAAACCUAUGAGGAUGACACAUUGAAGGCAGCGAAGGAAGGACAACACCAUAGACUGUACAUCAAAAAGGAUCGAGCAGUAUUUUCAGCCAUGAAGAUAGCUAGAAAUAUCGAAGUCGAUGAUGUUAUUAACGAAGCGAAAGCCAAUCUAUGAAAAGAUCAGAAACUGUUUAUAUUAUUAAAACAUGCUGCAUGCUUGACAUGCUGAAAGCAAGAU